CCAGGGGAUAUUUGUGCCCUGGGGGUUCCUGGUGCUUGGAUCAAAGCUGCCCUUUGGAGCAGUUUCCCUGGAGCUUCUUGAGAAUAAAAGAGCUGUCCCAGGCACUACCAUGCUGCAGCUGUGUGUGCUGCUGGUCACCCUGACCAGUGUGGAACAGCAUGGCAUACUCCUGCUUCACUCCAGGAUCUUCCUGUGGACACAGUGUCCAUGUUGCAGGUGGCUUAUUCCCCACCAGAGCUCCCAUCUGCAGGGGUUGGAACCUCACCCUGUGGUUUCCCUGCGUUUGGGCAAGCAGGAGGUGAGAUGGACUGCGCUGUGAGAGGGACAGAGCUGGAUGGGAAUGGCUGCUGGUGCUGGCAGCAGGCAGGGCUGCAUGCUAGGGUUUGAGGCCUGCUGGGAACUGACCUCGGGAGGGAACAAAGAGCCGGGGCGGAGCGUGGCCAAGCUGCAGCUGGAAGCAGUAAGUCGCACUUCAGGGUGCUGGGCCCUGUCCCAAGGGGAACCCUGGGAGACAUUGUGGAAGGAGGAUUUGCCGUACAGGGAUAUCUCUGGCAGGGAUGGGUUUGGGGUGUUUCAACUGGGGUUGGCUGCUCCGUGCAGGGACUGCGCCCCCGAGGACCAAAUCUCCCAGGACCAGAUCCACCACGAGGUGCAGGAUUACUAUGGCAGAGAGCUGCAGAAGUCAGAGGACCUGAAAACCAACGCCUGCAUCACACCGACCAGGCCCGUUCCCAAGGUGGUGAGAGAUGCUCUGCAGCGUGUCCAUGAGGAGGUGGUGGCCAGGUACUAUGGCUGUGGCCUGGUCAUCCCGGAGUGCCUGGCAUCCUGCCGGGUCCUGGACCUGGGCAGCGGCAGUGGCAGGGACUGCUACAUGCUGAGCCAGCUGGUGGGGGAGCAGGGCCAUGUCACCGGCAUCGACAUGACUGAGGCACAGGUCGAGGUGGCGAAAAAGCACAUUGCCUAUCACAUGGAGAAGUUCGGCUACCAAAAGCCAAACGUGGAAUUCCUCCAGGGCUACAUGGAGAACCUUGGUGAUGCUGGGCUGACUGAUGAGAGCUAUGAUAUUGUCAUCUCCAACUGUGUGAUCAACCUCGCCGCAGACAAGAGGGCUGUGCUUCGGGAGGCCUACCGUGUGCUGAAGCCUGGAGGGGAGAUGUACUUCAGCGAUGUCUAUGCCAACCAGCACCUGAGUGAAGCCGUGAGGAAGCACAGGGUGCUGUGGGGAGAGUGCCUGGCAGGAGCCCUGUUCUGGAGAGACUUGUACAGCAUUGCCAAGGAGGUGGGUUUCAGCCCUCCGUGCCUGGUCACCGCCAGCCCCAUCACUGUCAGCAACAAGGAGCUAGAGAGAAUCAUUGGUGACUGCUGCUUCGUCUCAGCCACGUACCGGCUCUUCAAGGUGCCAGGGAGCAACUGGGCUGGGCCAGGCCAGGUCAUCUACAAUGGUGGGAUUGUGGGGCAUGAGCGAGAGCUGGUGUUUGAUGCCAACUUCACCUUCAAGGAAGGAGAAGUGGUGGACGUGGAUGCUGAAAUGGCUGCGAUAUUGCAGAGCUCCAGGUUUGCGGACAAAUUCCUGAUCCAGGGUGGUGGGACUGAUGUUGCUGCACCACAAGGCUGCUGUCCUGGGAAGAUGAAGGAGAAGAUCUGUGACCCCUUCCUGUUGCUGCAGCAGCGGGCAGCCCCAGCUCCUGCCUGUGGUGCUGCCAGGACCUGCGAGCCACAGGGCUGCUGAUCGGACAGCGAUGUCUCCACAGCGUUGGGAUCGGGGGGGGCCGUGGCUUCACCGGACAGAAAAUACAAAUA